CAGACUACUUAAUCAGGGCGGGUGCUUACAUUUCAUCCAUCUUAUCUUAAUUACGGCCUUUCAUAGUACUAUAGCAUCGAUGGAUGUUGUAUGCAGCGGAGUUGUUCUUCUCAUGAUACUGCCUAUUGCACCAGUUGCAGUAGCAGCAGCACAGGAGUCUGCUGUGAAUUUAUUGGAAGCUGAAGCACUGCGCAAGAGUGGCUGGUGGGGAGACAGCAGUAUUACUGCAACAAACAUCUCUGCCCACUGCCACUGGUCUGGUAUCAUUUGCAACGAUGCUGGUAGCGUUACCGAAAUACUACUUCCGAACUGCAGAAUUCAAGAUGGGUUGACAAAUUUCAGCUUCUCUUCUUUUCCGAACCUGGUUAGACUGGAUCUCAGUGGAAAUGGUCUAUACGGAGCCAUCCCACAUCAAAUAGGUGCACUCUCCAAACUCACCUAUCUCAAUUUAUCUUCCAACGGACUCCAAGGUGAGCUUCCAUCUUCUCUGGUAAACCUCACGCAACUAGCACAUCUCGAUGUUUCUUCGAACUCGAUUGGAAGCUUAAUUCCUCCAGGUAUCGGAAACCUGACAAAUUUGGUUACUCUAGACUUGAGCCACAAUUCUUUUGGGGGUCCCAUUCCUCCAACUCUUGGACAAUUGUCCAAUUUAGGCUCCCUUUACCUCGAUAAUAACAACUUUAAUGGGACAAUUCCUUCAGGUAUUUUUAAUUUGACAAGUCUUUCCCGACUAUACAUUUACUCAAAUCCCGCAAUGGGAGGAUUUCUCUUAGAAGAAAUAGGAAAUUUGAAGAGUUUAGUUGCAUUAGACUUGAGUAACAAUGGAUUUUCUGGUAGCAUCCCUCCAACUCUUGGACAAUUGUCUAACCUUGACAUUCUUGGCCUCAGCAAUAACCACUUUAGCGGGACAAUUCCUUCAGCUCUUUUUAAUUUGACAAGUCUUUCCAGACUAUACAUUCACUCGAAUCCCUUAAUGGGAGGAUUUCUCCCAAAAGAAAUAGGAAAUUUGAAGAGUUUAAUUGCAUUAAAGUUGAGUUACAGUGGAUUUUCUGGUAGCAUUCCUCCAACUCUUGGACAAUUGUCUAACCUUGACAUUCUUGGCCUCAACAAUAACCACUUUAGCGGGACAAUUCCUUCAGCUCUUUUUAAUUUGACAAGUCUUUCCCAACUAUACAUUCACUCGAAUCCCUUAAUGGGAGGAUUUCUCCCAAAAGAAAUAGGAAAUUUGAAGAGUUUAAUUGCAUUAGACUUGAGUUACAGUGGAUUUUCUGGUAGCAUCCCUCCAACUCUUGGACAAUUGUCUAACCUUGAAAUUCUUGACCUCAGCAAUAACCACUUUAACAGGACAAUUCCUUCAGCUCUUUUUAAUUUGACAAAUCUUUCCUUACUAUACAUUCAGUCGAAUCCCUUAAUGGGAGGAUUUCUCCCAAAAGAAAUAGGAAAUUUGAAGAAUUUAAUUGCAUUAGACUUGAGUUACAGUGAAUUUUCUGGUAGCAUCCCUCCAACUCUUGGACAAUUGUCUAACCUUGACAUUCUUGACCUCAGCAAUAACCACUUUAGCGGGACAAUUCCUUCAGCUCUUUUUAAUUUGACAAGUCUUUCCCAACUAUACAUUCAAUGGAAUCAAAUUUUUGGUUCCAUUCCCUCUGAAAUAGGAAAUUUGCAAAUUUUGGAAUAUCUCGAUCUUGGGUCCAACCGGCUGACUGGUCAAAUCCCUCCGACCGUUGGCAAUCUGACUGCUCCAGUUAAUUUGGACCUCUCUUCUAACAAAAUAAGUGGUUCCAUUCCCUUUGAAAUAGGAAAUUUGAAAUAUUUGGAACAGCUUCUCCUUGGGUCCAACCGACUGACUGGUCAAAUCCCUCCGACCCUUGGUAAUCUGGCUGCUCUAUUUAUUUUGGACCUCUCUUCUAACCAAAUAAGUGGUUCCUUGCCUCUUGGACUUUCUGAGAUAACUUCUCUACAAAUUCUAGAUCUUUCCUCAAACCAAAUUAGAGGCCCAAUUCCUACCCAAUUUGUGGAUGACAUGCUUAAAUCCUAUAGGCCCAUUUUCACUUUGAAUCUUUCCCACAAUAUUCUCUCUGGCACCGUCCCCUCGUCUCUUAUGCAACUGUCGGACGUCGACCUGUCCUAUAAUGCUUUGGAAGGUGAACUUCCGUGUGACCUUGGCUUUCAGUUUGGUUCAGAAAGAUUUGUCGGCAAUCGAGACUUGCGUUACAAUUCCACACUUUGUGGUGCAUCUCCUUCUGUUAUGGGAAAUCAUAGACAUCACACCCUCUACUACAUCAUAGUUCUUGGCGUACCCUUGUUGGUGUUCGCAAUAACUGGCGGAUUAGUAAUUUAUAUCUGUUGCUUCAAGAAAGUGGAAGUUGAUCUGAUGGACAAUAAACAUGGAGACAUUUUCAGAAUAUGGAACUAUGAUGGACAUAUGGCUUACGAAGACAUAAUUAAAGCAACAAAUGACUUUGGUGUCAGUUAUUGCAUCGGGACAGGGGGGUAUGGCAGCGUGUACAGAGCUCGGUUGCCAAGUGGGAAAGUAGUGGCUUUGAAAAAGCUUCACCGUCUGGAAGGCGAGAAUCCAAAUUUUGACAAGAGCUUUAGGAAUGAAGCCGACGUGCUUUCUAAAAUCAGGCACAGGAACAUUGUAAAGCUCUUCGGAUUCUGUCUGCACAAGCGAUGCAUGUUUCUGAUUUAUGAGUACAUGGACAGAGGAAGCUUGUUUUGUAUCUUGAGAGAUGAAACCGAAGCUGUGGAGCUGGACUGGAUUAAAAGAGUGAAUUUGAUCAAGGGCAUUGCUAGUGCAUUGUCCUACCUGCAUCAUGAUUGUGAUCCGCCAAUCAUUCACAGGGAUGUAUCAAGCAACAACAUUCUUUUGAAUUCACAGCUCGAAGCAACUCUUUCUGACUUUGGAACUGCGAGGAUUUUGGAACUUGAUUCAUCAAAUCAAACAGUCAUUGCGGGCACCUUUGGUUACAUGGCACCGGAGCUAGCUUAUACCAUGGUGGUCACUGAAAAGUCCGAUGUGUAUAGCUUUGGCGUUGUGGUGCUGGAAACGCUGUUUGGAAAGCAUCCACAAGAUUUCCUUUCCUCCUUUUCAUCACAACCCAAUGAACCAAUACUGCUGAAGGAUCUUCUUGAAGCCCGUCUGCCCCCUCCGACUAACCCUUUGGUGGUUCGAAAUGUGGUUGUCGCAACAGCGUUAGCCCUGGAUUGCGUCAACGCAAACCCGAAAUGUCGACCAACAAUGCAGCAAGUGGUGAACCGAUUUGAAGAGGGCAGGCGAGAAUCAACUAGGCCCUUGCACACCAUUGCUGUGAAUCAGCUUGUUAGUCCUCCAGUACCUUCACUGCCUGACCAAACCUACACGGAAGUUUAAGCACCACGAAUGGCUUUCGUGUGGAUAUCUCUGCGGUCAUCCAAUUUUUCUAUCGAUGUUUCUACCUGCCUAUAAUAUUUACACCAAAGGAGAAAUUGAAUUCACUUGUUGUCUUUAUCUAUGUAGGUGAAUUCUAGGCAGAGCCAAUCUAACACUUUGCAAUUCCGAGUCUAGAUUUAAAGAAA